UUUUGCGUGUAAGAGAGGCACAAAAUAUCAGGAGCACGAGUCGUUGCCUUGUCCCGGAUGGUGACCCUAAUAAAAAAAGGGGGCAGGGAGGGAAGAGGGCGUCGAAAGAUUUGGAAACGCGACAACGUCACGAGGGCCACCUCCUAAAAUGGACAACAAUUCAACAUCGCCAGAGAAAGUGGCGGGGAGGAGAGCGGAGGAAAGAUCCGUCACGUGUCACGUCCGGGUGUACCUCAUGAUGUGGCCACCAGUACAACAUCAACAACAGAGAGAGAGAGGAGAGAAGGAGAGAGAAGCGGGUGGGCGAGGAGGCGGGAAGAAACGGAGCAGCGGCUGCUUGCGAGCGCACAGCCCGCAGCAGAAAAGCACAAAGCGGAAAAGGAAGACGGAGGCAAAGAGGAAGACGUCCGAGCGCUUCGUCAAACGUCGACGCCCGCCGCCAUCUCGUCACUUUCGCCGGGGCGGGAAGUCGGAGCAUGCCGCUCCCGCCGCCAACAACCUUCUAGAAUGUUCACGCGCCGUUGCGGCGGCGCGGAGCUGCUGCUGGUCCUGUGCGGCCUGGACGCGUCGCUGCCGUGCCCGCGGCACUGCAUCUGCUACCCGUCGCCCAGCACCGUGUCGUGCCAGGCGCACGACUUCCGGGCGGUGCCCGACGGCAUCCCGCCGCACAGCCAGCGCAUCUUCCUGCAGAACAACAAGAUCGGCAGGCUGCUGCGCGGACACUUCCCGCCCGCCGCCGCCACGCUGUGGCUCUACUCCAACAACAUCUCCUACAUCCAGCCGUCCGCCUUCCGCGGCUUCCGGCGGCUGGAGGAGCUGGACCUGGGCGACAACCGCCGCCUGAAGGCGCUGGCCGCCGACACCUUCCGCGGCCUGGCCCGACUCCGCGCCUUGCACCUGUACCGCUGCGGCCUGCUCGGCCUGCCGCACGGCCUCUUCGCCGAGCUGCACAACCUCCGAUAUCUCUACCUGCAGGACAACCAGUUGGAGUUCCUGGAGGACGACCUGUUCAUCGACCUGCUGAACCUGAGCCACCUGUUCCUGCACGGCAACCGGCUGUCGAGCCUGCACCAGAACACCUUCCGGGGCCUGGGCGCCUUGGACCGCCUGCUCCUCCACCAGAACCGCAUCCGCCGGGUGGACCGGCGGGCCUUCCACGACCUGGGGCGGCUCACCACCCUCUACUUGUUCAACAACUCGCUCGCGGAGCUGUCGGCGGGGAGCCUGGCUCUCCUGCCGGCCCUCGAGUACCUUCGCCUCAACGACAACCCCUGGGAGUGCGACUGCGGGGCGCUGCCCCUUUGGGACUGGCUGCGGAGCUUCCGGGGCUCCACGUCUUCGCUGGUGUGCCUUUCGCCUCCGGAGAUGGCGGGGAAAGACCUGAAGUCGCUGAGCAAAGAGGAGAUGCCCACGUGUCUGACGGAGGAGGAGGAGGAAGGGGGCGGCACGGGGGGAGGGGCCGGCGGGGAGUCACCCAACCACCUGAAUCGUCCCAGGAGCCGCCACAACCGCCACCGGCGACCUUACCUGCCCCACGGCGACCAGCACAACCCGCCUCCGCCCUCGCCGCGACCGCCACGGGGCCGUGGCGGGAACUGCACCCGGCCGGGGCGCCGGGCCAAAGGGGGGGCCAACCAAGUGCCGCUUCUUCACGAGCCGAAGGAGAAAGACUUUGAGGGUAAAAAUGACGGCUCGAGCGCCGCCGGGAGAAAGAACAAGUGCGUGGCAAGAACUUGGGUAGGCCCCCCCAGCGGAGUCCAGAGAGCCACAAAUGCGGCAGCGCCUCCCCUCGCGGGGGCCUUUUUCUGGUCGGCGCUGCUCGCGUCAUUGCUAACUCUGCACUGACUCUUUUGGUUGUCAAGCUUCUGAAGGUUUUGCGAAAUGCCGCAAGACCGCCUGACCGCUUCGCCCUGGUCUUUUGGGAGUACGGUUCACGGUCUUGGCCAUCGGAUGCGGUCCUUGGUCUCCUGAGACCUCGCUUCUGUUGUCCGACUGCCAAAUCAUGCAAGCGCAAAGACGUUGCGUGCGUGUCGUACUCAAUGUUGGGAAGAAUCCCGAGAGGGCAAAAGGCCGGCCCGGAGCGGGCCACCUUCACCCGAGCGUGUCGCCCGAUGACGUCACCUCAUGCCACUUUUAUCUUCAUAUACGCAGCGCGUUCCCUUGCAUCAUCGCAACUUCACCUUCCGCCCAUGCCGCUUUCCUCCUUUCUGCCGCGUGCUCACAUCCAACGUUUCUGC